AUGGUGCGGUGGUUCCAUCCCCACGCCAGCCUCCCCGCGUCCACUUCCUGGGGAUGGACGAGCGGCACUGGCCGAAGGGUCCCAUUUGGUCCCAACGAUGAUGCAGAAUGCAGCUUAUUGCGGGGAUUCGGAGAGAAGGACGGGAUGACCGACAAAUCAGUGGUAGUGCCGUAUAUUAACAUGACGGUGGGAGUGCUUGAGCCCAUUCCGGGUGAAGCCCGAUUGAUUCCACUGCCUGAAGGAAUCCCCAUUAACCCUGGCACCGGAUCUCUCGCCAGAACAUUUAUUGACCUCUACAAAGGUGUUGCGUACAAUCAGAAUGCAUUGUCUUUCGAAAAGGAUGAUAAUUUCACUAAUCAACUAUAUUGUCACAUUAUGUAA